AUGGGCCACUCAGCAAGCCUGUCGCCGUGGCUGGUAUUGGCCUGUGCUGUGUGUAGUGCGUGGGCAAAUAAGAAGCCGUUCAACAUCAAUGACGAUCUCCUGGCCUAUCCCCAGUAUCAAGUGAAAUUUCCCGAGGAAUAUGUGCUCGAAUCUCACGCCGAAGCAUUACUCCAGUCCCAGGCCAGCCCCCGCGCCAAUGACCAGAACAAUCCCCAGAUUUACAUGGGCCAGGGUAGCAUGAAAUCCGCAGACCAGCCCGAGGAUGUGAAUGGAUCUCCAUUCGCCUAUGAAGAAAUGAUACUUGAGGACCGACGACUGCUCUGCCAGAUCCCACGUGUCACGAACGACGACCAUAAUACAACAAGAGACAAGGAGAAUAGCAAGGCCGAGGAGCAGAAAGAGCUGGCCCGGGCAACAGAUCGUGGUCUGGAACUUCUACGUGAAAUGGAAGGGAGAUGCAUGUACUAUUUCUCUGGCUGGUGGUCCUACUCCUUCUGUUAUCAGAAGCAGGUCAAGCAGUUCCAUGCGCUCCCUGCUGGCCGGGGUGUUCCCCACUACCCACCCAUUGAAGACACCGCGACGCAUUCCUUCGUUCUGGGAAGAUUUAUCAGCGAUCAAGGCGAGGAAGAGAAACAAUCUGCUAAAACAGAUGUGGCAGAGCUUCACACAAAGGGUGGCUCGCGAUACUUGGUCCAGCAUCUGAAUGGCGGGACCAGGUGCGAUCUGACCGGACGCGAACGCAAGGUCGAAGUGCAGUUUCAUUGUCAUCCACAAUCGACAGAUCACAUCGGCUGGAUCAAGGAACUCACCACGUGCUCUUACCUAAUGGUAAUAUACACCCCUCGUUUAUGUGACGACGUUGCUUUCCUCCCACCACAACAGGAUGAGGUACACACUAUCGAGUGCCGUGAAAUCUUGAUGCCCGACGAAGUCACCGAAUGGGAAGCAAUCAAAGAGUGGUACACGGCCAGCCAACUGGCCGAUGCUGCUACAGAUGCGGAUGCUGAUGUUGCCCAAUCCGAGCUCCCGAUUAUCGGAGGAAUCGAAGUUGGAGGCCGUAAACUUGUCGGUAUGGAGGGCAAGAUCAUUGAAAAAGGACGUGUGGCAUCCGCAGGCGAGGAACGAGUGGAGGUGGUUGCGAAACGCGAGAAUGGCGAAAUCCGGAAAAUGUCCAAGCAAGUUCUGAAAAAGUACGACAUCGACCCGGAGAAACUGGAAGAGAUGAAGAACCUAUUGGAAGAACAAGCAGAUGGCAAAGACUGGACGUUGGAGGUUGUAGAAAGCAACGGCGUGAUCAAGUUCCAAGGCGUUCUGGAAGAGGACGAGGAAGAUACUUGGAACGAUAAGUCGUCGGAACCACACGAAAAGAAGGUGUCUGAAAAUUCCGCUGGCCAAAAGCCGAAGCAGGAAACAGAGUCAGUCGAAAAGCAAAAGCCAUCUUCAAACAAGCCUGAAAACAGCGAGGGAAGUGAGGAGACCUUCAAAGAUGAACUAUGA